GUAUUGAAUUGCUUGCAGCAGGAAUUGUCUCUUGAAUCUUUAAUCAGUGCAAUUGCAUGUAUAUUGAUUGAUAUGCCAUUCUUGUUUGACCAGAAAAAGUCCGUAAUGUCUGUAACACAAUUUUUCGAAGGCAAGAGUAUUUUCAUAACUGGCAGUAGUGGUUUCAUCGGGAAAGUAUUGAUUGAGAAGCUACUGAGAACGUGUCCUGGUAUUAAAAAUAUUUACAUUCUGAUUAGGCCUAAGAAAAACAAGAGUAUUCAAGAGAGAGUCAAGACAAUGUUCGAUGUUCCCUUAUUCGACAAACUGAAGAAAGGAAACAACGAUGUUCUUAAUAAAGUUCUGGGAGUUCCUGGAGAUAUUACACAGUUGAAUCUUGGGCUUGGCGAGAAAGACACUAAGACCAUUACAGACAACGUUUCGAUAAUAUACCACAUCGCAGCGUCCGUAAGAUUCGAUGACUUUUUGAAAAUAGCCAUCACAACUAACACACGUAGUACUAGAGAGAUUAUCACAUUGGCCAAACAAUGCAAAACCUUGGAUGUGUUCGUUUACUGUUCCACUGUCUAUUGCAACUUCGAAAAGGAUGUUAUAGAAGAAAAAGUGUAUCCCGCGAAACAAGACUGGAGGAUGGCCAUAGAAUUGGCUGAAAAAUAUGACGAGAUGACUUUACAAGUGCUAACAGAAAAAUGUAUUCAUCCAUUGCCAAAUACGUAUACCUACACCAAAGGAUUAACGGAGCAACUUGUUAUCGAUUUGUGUACAAACCAAAUACCAGCCAUCAUAGUGAGACCAUCCAUAGUUCUACCAUCUUUCGAGGACCCUAUAGAUGGUUGGGUAGAUAAUUUCAACGGGCCCAUGACUCUCAAUUUGUUGGCAGGAAAAGGUUUGCUGAAAGUAUUGAAGGCUGAUGAAGAAAUUGCACAUGACCAUGUAUUCGUUGACAAUACCGUGAAAGUUUUGUUAAUAGCAACUUGGAAGAAAUCAGUACAGGCCGAUACCACGAUUAUUGAAGUUUACAACAAUGCAACAGAUGUCAAUUUCUCUCCUCUUUUCGACAGAGAAGUAGGCAAUAAAGUUGUUAGUAAAAACCCACCAGAAAGUUACUUGUGGUACGCAUAUACUGAAUUCAUAAAAAAUCCAAUCAUAUUCUAUAUCGGAACCUUAUUUUAUCAUUUAUUGCCUGCUCUCAUAUUGGACAGUAUCAUGUAUUUGACUGGAAAAAAACCAAAAAUAUUCAAGCUUUAUCGAAAGGUAUUUAUAGCUAACGUAUCAUUGUAUCCAUUCAUGUCCAAAGCAUUCAAUAUCAGGACAGAAAAUUACCUGGGAUUAGAAGAAUCUCUUAUGGAAUGCGAUAAAAAGGAACUAUCGUUCAUUAACUCACGUAUGCCAGCGGAUUCUACAAGAACCGUCAAGGCAAUACACAUUAUUUGGAAGGGCAUAAAACAAUACUUGAUGAAAGAAAAAGCCUAUGCCACUGAAGAAGAGAUCAAACGAUAUGCAAGGAUAAUGACAUUCCAGAAGAUGUUAUAUUUUGUUGUCAAGGGAUUCAUUUUUUAUCUAAUUAUCUCGAAACUACUUGUACCUGUGAUUAUAUCUGAACUCAAUAAAAUAUCAUCUAUAUGAAAUUGUACACCUUCGAAAAUUACUCUGUUAUUA